AUGCAAUGCAAUGAGAAGAUGACGGAUUGUCCUGUGCACUGCUUGACAUCCCCAAUGGUGUGGCACAAGCAGCAUGUCAUGCUGUACCUGUCUCCAGAAAUCAACAUUCAACAUCUCCAUAGUCGUGGGGUGUCGUUGGUAACCGUUAGGUCGUUUGCGGAGCGAAGGCACCAUUGCCUGGCUGUUGGUUUAUUCGCUGGAACUUCACUGGCAGUUUGCGAGGCAGAUCGGCUACAAAGCUGGGAGGAGCGAUGGGCGGUGAAUCGGACAAGUUGGCACUUGGAUGAUGUGAAUCCUCAUUUAAAGCAUCACUUGGCACAGCUCAUAGACCCGAAAGCAUCAGUCGCCGGUGGUAUGGGCCCUCGUGUCCUGGUACCAUUGUGUGGGAAGAGCGUGGACAUGGUAUUUCUGUCACGUCAAGGAUAUCGUGUUAUGGGCGUGGAGGGCGUACGGAAAGCUGUGGAAGAGUUCGCCCAGGAGUUUGGCUUGCAGGUUCCUACCGCGAAAGGUCCGACGAUGCAUGUCAACUUCCCACCAGAGGUGGAUACGAAACGCUUCCGUGGCCAUGCGGUGCUGAUCAGUGCUGAGCAGACGAGGCGCGAACCGCCUCCCCCGGUGAUUUUCUUGGAGGGUGAUUUUCUUGAGCUCAACGCGGAAAUGGCAAAGGCCUUGGUUCCAUUUGAGGCAGCCUUCGAUCGAGGCAGCCUUGUUGCUGUAGAGCCAGAUGACCGGAAACCCUAUGCCACAGCGUUGACGCAUUUGAUGGCCCCGGGUGGACGUGUCCUUCUGGUCACAGUGGAGCAUGACGGUUUCGGAGAACGAAAAGGGCCACCCUAUCAGGUGCUUGAGGCUGAUGUGCGCAGUUUGUUCGGCAACAAUUUUCAUGUGGAAAGACUGCGAAGUGUCAAUGCGCUCGACAAGACGAUGCAAGCACGUGGUGCCACGCGCUUUGAAGAAUCCGUCUACCUGCUCACCAAGCGAUAA